CCUUUUCAUACCAAAAAACCAGAGAGUCCACUCCACUCACACAAACACAGCUCAACACAACAGAAACCCACACCCGUGUUACACUUGGACUCUCGCUCUCUCCUCCCCCUCUUUCUCUCUCCUCCCUUGAACAAUUUCAGAAGCAAAAGAUCUCAGAAGAAGAAGAAGAAAUGCAGCAAAGAGUUUUGGAUUACGUUUUGGUGCCGGCAGGGCUGCUGGUAAUGGUGGCAUACCACCUAUGGCUUCUCUAUCGAAUCCUGAAGCAGCCCAACAGCACCGUCAUCGGAAUCAAUUCCAUCAACCGCCGCUUCUGGGUUCACGCAAUGAUGGAGGAAGCUCCAAAGCAUGGUGUUCUUGCGGUGCAAACAUUGAGAAACAACAUAAUGGCGUCGACCCUUUUGGCCUCGACCGCCAUUACGCUCUGCUCUCUCAUUGCCCUCUUGAUGACCAGCGGCACCAAAUACAGAGCAGCUUUAUUUGUCUUUGGGGACCGAAGCGAGCUAGCAUUUUCGAUCAAGUUCUUCGCCAUUUUGGUGUGUUUCCUGGUGGCUUUCCUCUUCAAUGUGCAGUCCAUAAGGUACUACAGCCACGCCAGCAUUCUCAUCAACGUACCGUGCAAGAAGAUGUCGCCGCACCAUCAGCACCACUACCUCACUACAGACUACGUUGCCACCACCGUGAACCGAGGCAGCUAUUUCUGGUCCUUGGGACUCCGGGCGUUCUACUUCUCGUUCCCUUUGUUUCUAUGGAUUUUCGGGCCGAUUCCGAUGUUCAUGUCCUGCUUUGUUUUGGUCAUCAUGCUCUACUUCCUAGAUGUCACGUUUCAGUUUGGUUGGGAGGUUGGGGUUGCUGACAACGAUGAUCACAUCCUCAUUAAGGACGAUGAGGAACAAAGGUUGCCAAACUAGCUAGCAUGACAUUUCAAGUCAAUCAGGCAUUGUCACGUUAGAAAGUUGGCGGAAUAUGUUUAGCGGAGCAUAGAAACUAGCUAGCUAGCAAGGUACAAGUACUAAACCAAAAAGCGGUUCAGAUUCAAUACAAGUUGAACUGAACUGCAGCACAAUAAGUUGAUGGAUGUAACAACACAACGAAUAAAAGUAGAGUAUUAUGGAAUGCUCAGCUGGUCUGUAUUUUCAUGCCACUUGUAAAUUAUAAUGUUCAUUUUACUGGAUUUGCACGUAAUGUAUGCGUAUGAAGGGAAUGAAUUUACCUCAUUCUUUUA